AUGCUUAUAAAUAAUUCGUAUUUCUUGUCCAUAAUAUCUCUCUCUCUCUCUCUCUCUCUCUCUCUCUCUCUCUCUCUCUCUCUCUCUCUCUCAAAAUACAACGUAGUGGAUGAUUUUUCUUUCACAUUUCGUUCUGCAGCUUUUAUUUUAUUUUCCAUUUUAUUACGCAUUCCUUUAUAUUUUUUUUUUUUUUUUUUUUUUUUGCGUGUGGGGAUGUCUUUCGUUCUUUUUCUGAUUCUUUCUUUUUUAUUCAAAAUUUGCUUCUCAUUCACUUUUCUUUCUUCUUCCUCUUCGCUUCCUUUUUUUAUUUGUCUUUCUAUUUUUUCUUUUUUCCCUUCUCUUUCACUCCUAUUCUUUUUUUCUCUUUUUCUUCUACUUUAUCCUUUCUUUCUUUUCCCUCUCUUUAUACUUUUCUUCUUCGCUUUUUAUUAUAGCAAAUUUCAUGUCAUUCUUUUUUGUGCCUGUCUUUCUUUAGUCUUUUCGUUUCAAUCUUCUUUUUUUCUUUUUCUUUUGCUUCGUUAUUCCUGCAACAUCCCGUCUAUCCUCCUACUCUCCUACUUUUUUUCAUUACCCCUUCCUUGCCAUCCCACUUUUCUACCAUCCUCUACUCCUUCUCUUUCGCUCUCACCUCUUCACCUUCCUCGUUUUUCAUCUAUUUCUCUUCCUUCUCCGUUUCUCCUGACGUCUUUGUCCCUUUCUUUCAGAAAACCCUUCAUUUUUCUUCAUCGAUUUUUUUCACGCAUUUCGUUUUUAUUACUGAUUGUAUUUACUGCAACUUUCAUUAGAAUCAUCAUUUAA